CUCUAUCACCAUUAUUUCCACAACGAAUAAUCCUUAGCUCUACUUUUAUAGCAGAUACUUGAAUAUCAAGCGACAGCAAAAGCUGUCAAGCUCAGGUACCUUCAUUGUCUGUCAUAGUAUUUGCAAUGAGUCUGCUGCUCUGAACCAUCUUCAAAGACAGAGCCCCACUCAUACUGGUUUUAAUAUUGAAGUUUACUGCCCGUCAAACUUGGAAGGUUCUAAUCUGCCAGCAUGCCUCACGCACAAACUGUACCCCCGCCUGGGUUUCAGGCCUUGAUCUUGUGCGGACCUGGAGUCUCACUGAACACCUUCACCUCCUCUCCAGAAGAAUUUCCUAAAGCCCUGGUGCCUAUUGCAAACAGACCGAUGGUCUGGUAUCCGCUUGACUGGUGCUAUAGGUCAGGGAUUACAAAUAUUACUGUCAUUACAUCACCCUCUUCUGUUGCAGCGCUGGAAGCUGCCUUUUCUCAAAACCCGCAUCUCACUUCUCUUCCGGCACCAAAACCCGACAUCAUUGCGCCCGAGGGUCUUUCUCAAGCUUCUAGCACAGAUGAGACUGUCGGAACAGCGCAAAUUUUCCGUCUUCCGGAGGUGAAAGCAGCCAUCACUGGCGAUUUUGUGGUCCUCCCUUGCGAUCUUGUCUGCGAACUUGGAGGCGAAGCCCUCGUGGAGCCCUGGAUGAUCGAAGAGGCGGGCCUCGGAGGAGCUACAGGGGGCAAGCAGGGAUCCUUUGGCCCUAAGAUGAGCAUCGGUGGAGAGAAGGGCGGCCGACGUGGUGGAUUGGGAGUGUGGUAUCAGACGAAGGGUGAACAUGCCGUCAAAGGCGAAGAGACAGAUUUCAUCGCCACGUCACCUUUGUCUCGACCGGUAGUGCCUCCCGCUCAAAGUUCUCUGCGCAACCAUAUCUCUAACCUCGUCACCUCAUUUCCAACCGAUACGUUGAAUGAUAUCACCGCUGAACGGAAAUUCUUCCCAGUUCGACACGCGCUCGUGCGGAGGCAUGCGCGGAUAAAACUUCUAACAUCUUACCGCGACGCUCACCUCUACUUUUUCCCUCACUGGGUCCUUGACAUGGUCAACAAAAACCCCAAGUUUGACAGUCUUGCCGAAGAUGUCGUAGGUUGGUGGGCGAAGGCUGGCUGGCAGGAAGGCCUGUCAGAAAAGCUUGGUCUCAGAGAGAUCUUCGAGGGUGCCGAAGAAAAUGAGGGCGAGGAUGGUUUGAUGCGCAGUGGCAUUCUCGAAGAGGAUGUUGAUCUGGGUAGUAUGAGUACGACAUGGACCAGCAAACCGGAGUCGGACGAUUCCACAGACGAUGAACCGACACAAUUUGCAUCAAGAGUACGAGAUCCAUCCGGCUCAGAUUCUUCCUCGCCGGUACCGCCCCCAAAAUCAAAACUCCAGACUCCGCCGAUGCUAGCGUACGUGCACCCCGAAAAGUCAGAUCAGCUGAUCCGACGUGUGGACACUGCGCCACUCUUGUUAUCCAUUUCUCUGCGCCUCGCCAAGCUCGAGUCCAUUGAAGAAGUUGGCAAAGCUGCAGCUUCCCCGUUUGCGCACAACAGCAAGGUAGCAUACCCACAGGGUAUUGCUCAGCGAAGCACGGUCACUCGCGCGGACUGUCUGCUUGGUGACAACGUCACGGUUGAAGAAAAGGCUGUCAUCAAGGAGACUGUCAUUGGUCCCAACUGCCAGAUUGGCUCGGGUGUUAGGCUGACUAGGUGUUUGCUGAUGGAUGGUGCUGUUAUUGGCGAGCGGUGUCAAUUGACUGGCUGUGUCGUGGGUCGUCGAAGCAAGAUUGGCCGCGAGUCGAUUUUGAAAGACUGUGAAGUCCAGGACAACAAUGUUGUCCCUGACGAGACUGAUGCCAAGAAUGAAAAGUUCAUGGUCUUUGAGGGGCUCGAAGAUGACGAAGAUGGUGGUGACUUUGACAUGGUGGACGACUCGGGGGAUAUGGACGCAGAAAUGGCUAUUUAAUGUGUUUCAUAUACAUAUGGAGAUGACAUUCAAGAUAUAAUGGAAAAGUAUUACAAAUGCAAAAGGCGUUGAAAAAGGGCGGUUAUAUUAUCUCGGUUUUUGAAUUUUAUGCAAGUG